CAUUGCUCGGUUUUACUCCAGACUCGUAUCUCGACCUGAAUGGGAUGUAAAGGACUUGAUUGCAGUGCGCUUUACUCGGCCUUAUUUUCAAAACAGAUUCAAGCAGCUUGAAGACAUGAGCGGUGUCACAGUUAGGGCAGAGGAGGCAGACAUAGCUCAGGAGGAGGUGCAAUCUACUCCCCAGUGGUCAGAGGAGCGCUGUGAGGAGCUUUGGGAUCGCGUGGAGGGGGUAAGGCACAAGCUCACACGCAUCCUCCACCCGGCCAAACUCACUCCGUAUCUGCGCCAGUGCAAGGUCAUCGAUGAACAGGAUGAAGAUGAGGUGCUCAACUCCACACAGUACCCACUGCGCAUCAGCAAGGCCGGUCGUUUACUGGACAUCCUGCGUGGCCAGGGGCCGCGAGGACUUCAAGCCUUCAUGGAAUCACUGGAGUUUUACCACCCAGAGCAGUACACACAGCUGACUGGAGAACAGCCCACUCAGCGAUGCUCCCUCAUACUGGAUGAGGAAGGUCCAGAGGGUUUGACCCAGUUCCUGCUUCUGGAGGUGCGCAAACUGAGGGAGCAGGUUCGAAACAGCCGUUUGUGUGAGCGACGCCUGUCUCAGCGCUGCCGGAUGGCGGAAGAGGAACGCAGCCGUGCUGAACGUAAAGCUCAGGAGUUAUGUCACGACAGAGUGCAACUAGAGAGGCUGCGUCAGGACUGGGAGUCGGCCAGUCGAGAGCUGAGCAAGCUGAAGGAUAGGCACCUGGAACAGGCUGUGAAGUACUCCAGGGCCCUGGAGGAACAACGCAAGGCCUCCAUCCGUGAGAGAGAACUACUGGGGCAGGUAGAGGAACUACGGUCCAGGUUGACAGAGGAAGAGAAACAAACAAUGGAUACUUCAGGGCCUACUAUGCCAGCCAAAUGUGUGCUCUCUGAUGAAAUCAAUGGUUCUUCACCUGCUUUACCAGAAAAGCCACUGCACAGUAUUGAGGUUCGGAAACAUGAGAAUACAGGAACUCAGAUGAGCGACACAGUUCCUGCCACUGGAGUUAUAGCUCUGAUGGAUAUCCUGCAGCAGGACCGCAAGGAGUCUGCAGAGCAAAGGCAGGAGCUCUGUGAUAUCAUUACCAGAAUACAGGCAGAGCUACAGAGCACUGAGGAGCACAGGGACAAGUUGGAGUCCCAGUGCAAGCAGCUGCAGUUGAAGGUGGGAACUCUCCAGCUGGACUGGGAGACUGAGCAGAAGAGGAGUGUGUCCUAUUUCAACCAGAUCAUGGAACUGGAAAAGGAAAGAGACCAGGCUCUACAUAGUCGAGACAGCCUGCAGUUGGAGUACACUGACUGUCUGCUGGAUAAGAACCGUCUGCGUAAAUGCAUUGCUGAGCUGCAGGCCAACAUAGAGCAGCAACAGAGGGAGCUGGAGAGAGAGAGGGAGAGGAGCCGGGAGCAAAUGGAGCAGAGCAGCCCGUGUCCACACUGUUCCCACCUGUCCCUGUGCAGUGAGGACCAGUGCUACGGCCCCUGCUGUUCCAUCGGCCUGGACUUGAGACCCCAGGCCAAUAGCACCCGUCUGCUGCUACGAAAGAUGAGAGGCCAAACCAAUGAAAACUCAGAGGAUUCUCGUUCCAACUCAGAGGAGAAUCUCUUUUCAUCAACAGAAGACAAUGAAAAGGAAAUAAAUCGGCUUUCCACGUUUCCCUUUCCUCCCUGUAUGAACUCCAUCAGCCGACGAUUCAACACAGAGUUCGAUUUGGAAUCCGGCGGCAGUGAUGAGAAUGAUAACAUUUCAGGUGAGCAGAGUGAACCUUCUUUGUGUGGUUCCUGGACCUCCCUAAACUCUCAUCUCUUCCCUCCUGACCUGGUCAACCUGCCUGCAUGCUCUCCACACACACCCAAUCCCAGUGUUCACAGGACACCCCCCAUCUCCCCAUCUUCAAGUCCCCCCAUCUCACCCAAGUACAGAAGAGCCAGUCUAGCUGACGACAUUAGGAUAGUCGGUGGAAACAGCACAGGGAUCUUUGUCAGCUACGUGAGAGCUGGUUCCCCAGCCGAACAAUGCGGACUGAAGGAGGGGAGUGAGCUGCUGGAGCUUGACCGGGUUCUGUUUGGUGGGGGCAGUGUGCUGCUGGGUCAGUGCACUGCUGAGGUAGCCCACUUUUCUCUGCAGUGGUGGACCGAGCCAUCAACACUCAAACACCAGAGCAACCCAGAGGCAUACGCCAAGCUGUGUGCACAGAUGUCAUUGCCUACUUUUGUGGGUGCCGACUCCUUCUAUGUGCGUGUCAAUCUCAACAUGGAGCCUCACGGUGACCCGCUGUCUUUGCGUGUGUCCUGCGAUGACAUUAUACAUGUCACAGACACGAGGUACAAUGGAAAAUACAAUUGGCGCUGUUCACUGGUGGACCCACGCACAGCCAAGCCCCUGCAGGCAGGAGCCAUGCCAAACUACAACAGGGCACAACAGUUGUUACUUGUAAGGCUACGAAAAAUGGCCCUGGAGCAAAAGGACCUUAAGAAGAAAGUGUUUUUGAAAAAAGCAUAUGGACGUCUACGAUUGGUGAAGGCAGCGGACCCCGUUUGCCGUGGGAUUGGUUCCACAAAGCAUGUCCUUUACACACUGAGCAAACGUCACGAGGAGCACUUGAUCCCGUACAGUGUAGUGCAGCCGGUGCAGGUUCAGACUAAGCGGCCGGUCAUCUUCUCCCCCCGUCUUCUCUCCCGUGGUCUCAUAGAGAGGCUGCUGCAACCCGUGGACUCUGGGUUGAAGUUCAACACCUGCCCACCAGAGCCCAUCCAGGCCUCAGAGAGACGAGACAAGAGAGUUUUCUUGUUGGAUUCCUGUAGUCCAGACCAGGCUCUGGGCAUACGACUGCAGUCAAUACAGGAUGUCAUCAGCCAGGACAAGCACUGUCUGCUGGAGCUGGGGCUGCCCAGUGUUGAGGGUUUAUUAAGACAGGGCAUUUACCCUAUCAUCAUCCAUAUCCGCCCCAAGAACAAAAAGCACAAGAAGCUGAGGAAGUUCUUUCCACGGUGUGGAGAGGAUAGCAUAAUGGAGGAGGUGUGUCAAGCCGAGGAGCUGCAGCUGGAAACACUGCCCCUGCUCUACUACACCCUGGAGCCCAGCACCUGGAGCUGCACCAAUGAACUGCUGGCAGCCAUACGCAAUGCCAUCCACAGCCAGCAGAGAGCAGUAGCAUGGGUUGAACUGGACAGGCUUCAGUAGAGAUGUAGAAUUUGAGAAUAAAGAAUCCGGCAGCUGCCUGCAGGCACCAAACCACAGCCAGGUUUCUAUGGUGGAGUAGCAUUUAGUCUUAGGUCAUCCUACUAUUCUAAGUGAGUGGACCAAGAUCAACUUUGGACCUACUGGGAAUCACAAAGGAGGCCAAAUUAGGCCAAUGUAACAGGAAUAUUAUUAUUCUCAUUUAUAUAGCCAAGCUGGACUGGCUACAAUGACAGAAUAGUAAAAUAUUGUUUAAACUAAAACAGAUCAGACGCACAUAAGGAAGGUACAUGUCAGUAUCCCUCCUAUAACUGUUUUUUAUCAAUAGGAAUUAUACUAUGUUAGUUUUUGUUCUCAUUCAGACAGCUUACUUACAUUUUAUUAUUUAACUGUACUUUCAAAAAUUAUGCUCAAGGCAUCAGUGCCCAAUUUUUAAUGCAUUUGAGUCAGUGGUCAUUCAAUUAUGUUGUGAAGUUGAGCUGUGAGGACACAGGACGAAAGGGUACAAAUCUGCUUAUCCACAUUUUAUAUUUGCAGUAAAGACUGCAUCAUUUUUAUUCACACUACGUUGUACAACAGAAGCUGUAGUUCACUAUGACUAAAUGGUGAUGUUUUUUUUACUGCAAAUUCUUUUUUUCUUCUGUAACCAGUUUAAAAA